CGGACCAACUCCGGCAACUCGCGUUGUCUCUCAUCCUCCAAAGUCCGAGCCCACAAACCCAUUUCGAAAGCCGCACAGCAAGCUUCUUGAAGUUGUUGUCUUUGAAUAACUGGUUAGACAGAUUUGGGAAAAGAUAUCGUCUUUUGGGUUUUCCGUGUAAGAUGGCGCAGCAAGGGCAGGAGCCAGCUGCCAUUGACCCCGCUGUAUUGGACGAUAUUAUCAGGAGAUUAUUGGAGCAUAGGCUCGGGAGGUCGGGAAAACAGGUGCAGCUCAUGGAAGGUGAGAUCCGACAGCUCUGCACUGUAUCCAGAGUGAUAUUCCUUCGACAACCCAAUCUUCUUGAGCUUGAAGCCCCCAUAAAAAUCUGUGGUGACAUUCAUGGGCAGUAUUCUGAUCUUUUGAGGCUCUUUGAAUACGGGGGAUUUCCUCCUGUAGCUAAUUAUUUGUUCUUAGGGGACUAUGUGGACCGUGGCAAGCAAAGUUUGGAAACAAUAUGCCUUCUGCUUGCUUAUAAAAUAAAAUACCCUGAGAACUUCUUCCUUCUUAGAGGAAACCAUGAAUGUGCUUCCAUAAAUCGGAUUUAUGGAUUUUAUGAUGAAUGUAAGCGCCGGUUCAAUGUAAGACUUUGGAAAACCUUUACUGAUUGUUUCAACUGUCUUCCUGUGGCGGCAGUAAUAGAUGAGAAAAUAUUGUGCAUGCAUGGAGGCCUUUCCCCAGACUUAGAAAAUUUGGACAAUAUUAGGAACUUAUCUCGCCCGACUGAUGUUCCCGAUUCCGGUUUGCUUUGUGAUUUACUUUGGUCGGAUCCUGCUAGGGAAAUCAAAGGCUGGGGAAUGAAUGACAGGGGAGUCUCAUACACUUAUGGGCCAGAUAGGGUGUCUGAUUUUUUAAUGAAGAAUGAUAUGGACCUUGUUUGUCGUGCCCAUCAGGUCGUAGAGGAUGGAUAUGAAUUCUUUGCCGACAGACAGCUUGUUACGAUAUUUUCGGCCCCAAACUACUGUGGUGAAUUUGAUAAUGCCGGUGCAAUGAUGAGCGUUGAUGAAAGCUUAAUGUGCUCUUUCCAGAUUCUUAAGCCUGCAGUAGAUAAAAAGUUCAAGUUCACGUGAAAAAAGAUAUUAUGAUUGCUAUAUCAAUUGUCGCGAUAGCCAAUAGUUUCUUUCCAUUUGUGAUCUAAAGGAAACCAAUUGAAGAUAAAGCUGUGGUGGUGUUGAAGCUCUUUCAAAUUCAAGCCGAGCGAAAGCACUUGCUUGAAAGCUCCGCAAGAUUCAGCGUCCCCAAUCCUGUAAUUUGUAUGUUUUCAAUAGUUUUGACUUAUUUUUGAGACAUUAUUUUGUUCUAGAGGAUCAACAAUCUAACUUGGUUUGGAGCUGACCUGUUCUUAUGGGCAUUGAUACAGGCCACAGAGUUUAUUCUUUAUAACUAAAGUUCUGUCAGCAAAAUUAUGGUAACGAUGCAAAAUGCAUUUUUGUUCUUGUAGAUGAAUGCCCAUGUACAAUAUGGGCGACAAUGGAAGAUCUCCUAUUCACCAGA